CUGGGUCUUUUCCUGUCCUUGCUCAGGCCCGAGCUGCAGAAGCUUCUCUAGAGCUUCCCAUGGCCUCCCCAUGGCCAACUUGAGUUUACUCCUCAACCUGAGGCCCCAUCGGAAAGGCCUGCGGAUUACAGAUGAGAAAACUGAGGCCAAGAAACCCGGAGAGGCCUGGUGAUUAGGACACAGAAUUGGGCUGGCGGCGGCUGCCCCGAGGGACGCGGCCCUAGGCGGUGGCGAUGGGGGCCGCCCGGAUCGCACCCGGCCUGGCGCUCCUGCUCUGCUGCCCAGUGCUCAGCUCCGCAUAUGCGCUGGUGGACGCUGACGAUGUCUUUACCAAAGAGGAACAGAUUUUCCUGCUGCACCGUGCCCAGGCCCAGUGUGACAAGCUGCUCAAGGAAGUCCUGCGCACGGCGGCCAACAUAAUGGAUUCAGACAAGGGGUGGACACCAGCAUCCACAUCAGGGAAGCCCAGGAAAGAGAAGGCUUCGGGAAAGUUCUACACCGAGUCUAAAGAGAACAAGGAGGUGCCCACUGGUAGCAGACGCCGAGGACGUCCCUGCCUGCCAGAGUGGGACAACAUCGUUUGCUGGCCACUAGGGGCACCAGGUGAGGUGGUGGCCGUGCCCUGUCCGGACUACAUUUAUGACUUCAAUCACAAAGGCCAUGCCUACAGACGCUGUGACCGCAAUGGCAGCUGGGAGGUGGUUCCUGGGCACAACCGAACAUGGGCCAACUACAGCGAGUGCCUCAAAUUCAUGACGAACGAGACUCGGGAACGGGAGGUAUUUGACCGCCUAGGCAUGAUCUACACCGUGGGAUACUCCAUGUCCCUUGCCUCCCUUACCGUGGCUGUGCUCAUCCUAGCCUAUUUUAGGCGGCUGCACUGCACGCGCAACUACAUCCACAUGCACAUGUUCCUGUCGUUCAUGCUGCGUGCUGCGAGCAUCUUCGUGAAGGACGCGGUGCUGUACUCUGGCUUCACGCUGGAUGAGGCCGAGCGCCUCACUGAGGAAGAGUUGCAUAUCAUCGCGCAGGUGCCGCCUCCGCCCGCCGCUGCUGCCGUUGGCUACGCUGGAUGCCGUGUGGCUGUGACCUUCUUCCUUUACUUCCUGGCCACCAACUACUACUGGAUUCUGGUGGAGGGGUUGUACCUGCACAGCCUCAUCUUCAUGGCCUUUUUCUCAGAGAAGAAGUACUUGUGGGGCUUCACCAUCUUUGGCUGGGGUCUUCCAGCUGUCUUCGUGGCUGUGUGGGUCGGUGUCAGAGCAACCUUGGCCAACACUGGGUGCUGGGACCUGAGCUCCGGGCACAAGAAGUGGAUCAUCCAGGUGCCCAUCCUGGCCUCUGUUGUGCUCAACUUCAUCCUCUUCCUCAACAUCAUCCGGGUGCUUGCCACUAAGCUUCGGGAGACCAACGCGGGCCGAUGUGACACGAGGCAGCAGUACCGGAAGCUGCUCAGGUCCACGCUGGUCCUUGUGCCUCUCUUCGGUGUCCACUACACCGUCUUCAUGGCCUUGCCGUACACCGAGGUCUCAGGGACACUCUGGCAGAUCCAGAUGCACUAUGAGAUGCUCUUCAACUCCUUCCAGGGAUUUUUUGUUGCCAUCAUAUACUGUUUCUGCAACGGUGAGGUACAAGCAGAAAUCAGGAAGUCUUGGAGCCGCUGGACACUGGCAUUGGACUUCAAGCGCAAAGCACGAAGUGGGAGUAGCAGCUAUAGCUAUGGCCCAAUGGUGUCUCACACAAGUGUGACCAAUGUAGGCCCCCGUGCAGGACUCAGCCUUCCCCUCAGCCCCCGCCUGCUGCCUGCCACCACCACCAACGGCCACUCCCAGUUGCCUGGCCAUGCCAAGCCAGGGGCUCCAACUGUUGAGAAUGAAACCAUACCAAUUACUAUGGGGGUUCCCAAGGACGAUGGAUUCCUCAAUGGCUCCUGCUCAGGCCUGGAUGAGGAGGCCUCUGGGGCUACACGGCCACCUCCAUUGCUGCAGGAAGAGUGGGAAACAGUCAUGUGACUGGGAACCAGGGACUGGACUCCUGGCGUGGGCAAAUGGAUAGAUGGACCAAGAGACCAUUGGUUGGCUGGUUGUCCAUUCAGGACUGGAUCAGGAAGAAAAACAAAAGGAAAAAAAAAAAGAAAAAAAGGAAAAGGGAGCUAUGUGUGGCUUCCUGUGUUUCAUUCAAG